AUGUCCCUCCACGGGAAGGCGAAAUACGUCGCCAACGUGAAAGGACUCACGGUUAACACCACAAUCUCGAACAGCACGGGCUCUGUAGCAACAAUAAAGCUCCCCCAAAUAGUAACAGCUCUAAACCACGAAUCUCUUUCUAUCCGUAUCGUGCUCAGCGACUCCGCCGCCAACGACGAGUGGGAUCCGUCAUGGGUGCGGGGCGCGGGUAUUCUACAUAUCAAUCUGCGGAAAUGGGCCGAUAUACUUGUCAUCGCACCACUGAGCGCAAACAGUCUAGCAAAAAUCUCGAGCGGGUUCUCCGAUUCGCUGCUUAUGAGUAUUAUUCGUGCCUGGGAUGCCUCGGGAUUAGUUGAUGGCCAAGGCCCGCAGGACAAGAAGCGCAUUCUCGUGUUUCCAGCUAUGAAUACGGCGAUGUGGCUGCAUCCCGUCACGGAGUCACAGAUUGCGGUACUGGAAGGGUGGGAUUGGUUCGAGGUCUUUAGGCCGGUUGGGAAAGCGCUAGCCUGCGGCGAUGUCGGGGUCGGCGCAAUGCGGGAAUGGGCCGAGGUUGUCACGAUCAUUCAACAGCGGCUUGGGCUUCUCUAUCUUAGUGAUGAUUUCUAA